CAAUCGCGUCAUGACUUGCCAGAGCGGCGAACUGCAUUGUGGGUGUAGAGUGUUGCUCCUUUGUGUGUUAACUACCAGAUUUCACUGUUCUGCUAAUGUUGGACUGCUUGGAAUCAGCCUCACGGUAAAGUGUGGACACAAUGGAUUCCCCUAAAGAAGGUGAUCACACUGCAUCAUGCACAUCACCAGCUCAAGGAAAAGGUGAGUCAGGGUCACAGAAGAAAUCUUUGAAGAGGACAGCCAGUGUGCCAACAAAUGUAAAGGCAAAAAAGAAGAGAAAAAAGGCAAAAGUCACCCAGCCUGCCCGGCUUGGCUACACAAUCCAGAAAGGGGAAGAUAUGCUUCUUGUCAUAUCCAAUAAUCAGUAUCAUGAUUCAGCCUGGUUUCCUCCAAAAAAGAAAAGCAAAAAGAAGAAACCAAGGGGACCUAAGGGAAAAACAGAAGACACUUGGAUUAAGAAGAAGCAGAAGAGAGUCCAUACUAAAUCUAAAGUGUCCAAAAAUCCAGCAGUGGACACUUCACUUCAGACACAGUCAGACACAGAUGAUAGAUGGGGUCAGAAUUUUCCUGAGGAAGUGCUCAUCAAGGUUUUUCAAAUUGUUGUUUGCCAAGAUGGCGCAGUACCAUUUCUGUGCAGGGUGGCCAGAGUUUGUCAUCUCUGGAACACUGCUGCCUCCAGUCCACUUCUGUGGCGUCAUGUGACUCUCGGUUAUUGCUGGAUUCAACCAGGAAGAAAUCAGCGGCCUCACACUGAAAAAAUGAUAAAGGAAACAUUAACCUGGCUGGCAUGUAACAGGUUGUCACAGCUUCGAGGCCUUUCUAUCUGUCACUGGACAAAGAAUGUCAACUAUGCAAUAGAGGUUAUGUCGCAGUCCUGCCCUCAUCUUGAAUCCCUCACUCUGCCUUAUUGCAAAGGCCUGACAGAGAAGGCUUUCCAGAGCCUUGGUUUGCACAGUCAGUCUCUGCAGAUCAUAAAUCUACAGUAUUCAGAGUUUCAGGUUGAGGGUCUUGUUGACCUCCUGGAAUCUCAUGGCAGCCAGAUCAAACAAAUUUUGUUCACUCAUGGACCAAAGAAUGAGAAAAUUCUGGCUGCUGUAUACAAAGGAUGCUGCCCUGAUUUGGAGUUGUUGGAGAUCAACACAAAGUUGGACAGUAAAGAAUGCCAACUACAGCUCUGCAUUCAAGCUCUCCAACAUGGAUGUCCCAAACUUAAGACACUCCGGAUGUUGAACGUCAUCCCCAUCAUCAAAGUGAUGCGUAAGAUGCCAGAAUCCACGUCCGGUUUCCCAUUGUUGGAGGAGCUGUGUUUGGCUACAACGUCUUUUUCCUUAAUAACCGACAAAGACUUGUGGGACAUUCUGUUUGAUUCAACCAAACUGCAGGUGUUAGACCUCCGAGGAUGUUUCCGAAUCACCACUUCUGGUCUUGCAGCAUUACCCUGUCUAGAGCUUGAAUGUCUGUUCUGGGACAAUAUUUCAACAGGUAUUGUGUCAUUCCCUAAGAGGGGACUUAACAUGCUGACCCAAAAGUGGAGUGAAACUUUGCGUGAGCUUGACAUCACAAAUCAUGUCUUCAUUGAGGAAGACUUGGAGAUGGCAAUAAGUUCACUCACUCUUGCAACAAAUUCGGAUACCCUGCGUUUUCUCAACUUCAGUGGAACCAGGAUCACUCCAUCUGCUGUGAGAUCAGUCAUUAGCCGAUCAACUGGUCUCAAGUACCUCAACUUGUCAUCAUGCCGUCAUCUUCCCAGAGGGUUGAAGAGAGUUUAUCGUGGCCAGGAAGACAUUUGCCAGCUGCUGGAAAUUGGAGUAGGAAGCGGUAAAAGUAUGUCUAGUAGGAGAAAACUUGGAGCUUGAAACCAGUCAGACAUUUUUUAAUUAA